GCUGAGCAAGGGCUGAGCGUUGUGAAGGGACUCGGAGGAGGUAGGGCAGAGGCUUCCCUGGGGCUUAUGGAAGGAACACUUUCUGUAUCUGCUGCCGGUCUGGACAGAUAGGGUGGUGGCUGCCAGAAUCACUGUCGGUGAAGGGAACAGCUUACUUUGAAGCCAGCUUCAUAAGGCUGUUGGACAAAAUAACUAAUGGUUCUCGGAUCGAAAUAAACCAAACAGGAAUCCUGUUGAUGAGUGCAGUUUCUGGGAAAUCUCGUUUCAAGCGCCUGGAAAGAAGCUGGUUGCUGAUGUGACGAUUUCAGCACAUCAUUUGCAGAGCCCUCCACCAGCAGGCAGAGUGUGCUGUUGGAAGCCCAUAGCGCCCGUUGGGAUCUCUCCUCUGUGCCCUGCCACGACUUUGGCAAUUCAGAUGCUUAGGGAGGGGUUUAAUUUAUUACUGUUUAUUAAAUUACACUCACAGUUUAUUAUUGUUACAGGGGCUUGACAGUAAUGAGUCAGCUUUUGGAAAAGUUAAGUGUGGGCUCUUAGGAAUGGCAUUUUGAACUUCUUGGAUGCCCUUGUCAGACUUUCCCCUUGGGACUCACUGCUUUUGUUGCCUUUUUGACACUUCGUGUUUUUUGUUUUUUUGUUUUUUCGGCUGAAUGUGGCUCUUCCUCCUCCGGUAUAAGGAACAACCUUGUAUUACCAGCCUGGCCUCCUGUAUGGCGGGUCCGUGGAACAUGACUGUAGUGUCCUUCGCAGCAUUGGCUACUACCUGGAGAGUCUUCUUUGCCUGGCUCCGUUUAUGAAGCACCCGUUAAGAAUUGUCCUGCGGGGAGUAACCAAUGACCAGGUUGACCCUUCGGUUGAUGUUCUUAAGGCAACAGCCCUCCCCCUGUUGAAACAGUUUGGAAUUGACGGUGAAUCAUUUGAGCUAAAGGUUGUGCGACGGGGAAUGCCUCCCGGAGGAGGAGGAGAAGUGUUCUUCUCCUGUCCUGUGAGGAAGGUCCUGAAGCCCGUUCAGCUCACGGAUCCAGGGAAGAUCAAACGUAUUAGAGGAAUUGCGUACUCCGUGCGUGUGUCACCGCAGAUGGCAAACCGGAUCGUGGAUUCUGCAAGGAGCAUCCUCAACAAGUUCAUCCCCGAUAUCUACAUUUACACAGACCACAUGAAAGGAGUCAGCUCUGGAAAGUCUCCGGGUUUCGGGUUGUCACUGGUUGCGGAAACCACCACCGGCGCCUUCCUCAGUGCCGAGCUGGCCUCCAACCCCCAGGGCCAGGGGGCUGCCGUGCUUCCGGAGGACCUCGGCCAGAACUGCGCCAAGCUGCUGCUCGAAGAGAUCUAUAGGGGUGGAUGUGUUGACUCGACCAACCAGAGCCUGGGUCUGUUGCUCAUGACCCUUGGACAACAGGAUGUCUCCAAAGUCCUGCUAGGACCGCUGUCUCCCUACACGAUAGAGUUUUUGCGGCAUUUGAAGAGCUUUUUCCAGAUUAUGUUUAAAAUUGAAACCAAGCCAUGUGGCGAAGAACUCAAGGGUGGGGAUAAAGUGCUGCUGACCUGCGUUGGCGUUGGCUUCUCCAACCUUAGCAAGACCCUCAAGUGAUACUGUCACAAGAUGAGGCCCCAACGCCUACAAACAAAGCAGACGCUUGCCACGGACACCCAAGGGGACCAAGUCCAAAUUCAUCCAGGACAGGAGAGCCUCUUAACCUUAAGGAUUUCUUCAUUUUCCAUUAAAAACAAAGUCAGAACAUUUAAAUAAAAGACCUCUCUGUGUCAUGUGGUUUCUAGCCGUUUCUGCAGUGGCAUUGACACUCCUCAGGAAGCCCAGUCACGACCAGAGCUCCCGUAGCCCACGGGGAGGAAGAACGUGCCUUCAGGACACAGCUGUGUUGCUGGAGCAACCGCGCCCCUGCAUCUCCGCAGGGCUCACUCCGUCUGCAUCCCCGGCUUCUGUCGUGGCGCUGUUCUCCAGACCUGCAGGGUCCGUUACAGUUUCUUCUGCGAGGACUGACCACUUUGAGCCUCGGUUUCUGGGUAGGGAUUAAAUGAGAUCAUAUGGGUGGAAGCUCUUUAUGUGGAACGCACGUGUCAAAAAUUGAUAAUGUGAAACUAAUUUGUCCCUCGUCUUGUGAACAGACUGAUAUCUUGGAGGCAGCUACCACUCUUCUCCGGUCCAUCACGUGUAUAUGUGGGGGGAUGAGUGUCUGGAGAGGGCAGGGCUCGAUUAAACUUAUUGGAUAUUUUCUGUA